AUGGAAGAGGCCGGCUCGCCAGGCUCCCACGUUCCAGCGGGACAACGGAUCGUCAGCCUUCACGCCUCAGCCGGAUCAUCAGACUCCUAUGCCUCAGCAGGUUCGCCAGGCUCCCACGCCUCUUGCCGGUUCGUCGGCUUCUACGCCCCAGCCGGCUUAUCCAGCGCCCAUGCCUCGGGCCGGCCCGUCAGGCUCUCCCAGGUUGAGGGGGGUGUACUGUCACGUUUCUUAAGCACAGGGGACCAAGCUUCCAAAGGAAACUAUGGACUUCUUGAUCUGAUCCAAGCCCUGCGCUGGACUAGCGAGAAUAUUGCUUUCUUUGGUGGUGACCCUUUACGAAUAACAGUUUUCGGAUCAGGGGCUGGCGCCUCCUGUGUCAACCUCCUGACCCUGUCCCAUUAUUCUGAAGGUAACCGUUGGAGCAAUUCAACCAAAGGACUUUUCCAGAGAGCUAUAGCACAGAGUGGCACUGCAUUGUCCAGCUGGGCAGUCAGCUUCCAGCCUGCUAAGUACGCUCGCAUGUUGGCCAAGAAGGUGGGCUGCAACCUGAAGGACACGGUGGACCUGGUGGAGUGUCUGCAGAAGAAGCACUACAAGGAGCUGGUGGACCAGGACAUCCAGCCAGCCAGGUACCAUAUCGCCUUCGGGCCUGUCAUAGAUGGAGAUGUGAUCCCAGACGACCCCCAGAUCCUCAUGGAGCAGGGCGAGUUCCUCAACUAUGACAUCAUGCUGGGCGUCAACCAGGGCGAGGGCCUGAAGUUUGUGGAGCUCAUCGUAGAUAAUGAGAACGGCGUCCAGGCCAAUGAUUUUGACUACGCCGUGUCCAGCUUCGUGGACGACCUGUACGGUUACCCGGAGGGCAAAGACAUUCUGCGUGAGACCAUAAAGUUCAUGUACACGGACUGGGCUGAUAAACACAACCCAGAGACCAGGAGGAAGACCCUACUAGCUCUGUUCACUGACCACCAAUGGGUGGCUCCGGCCGUGGCCACAGCAGAUCUCCACUCCAGCUUCGGGUCACCAACAUACUUCUACGCCUUCUACCACCACUGCCAGACAGAGCAGGUGCCCCCGUGGGCAGACGCAGCCCACGGUGACGAGAUCCCCUAUGUGUUUGGCCUGCCCAUGAUCGGUCCCACAGAACUGUUCCCCUGUAACUUCUCGAAGAACGACGUCAUGCUCAGUGCUGUGGUGAUGACUUACUGGACUAAUUUUGCCAAAACUGGUGACCCUAACCAGCCGGUCCCCCAGGAUACCAAGUUCAUCCACACUAAGCCUAACCGUUUCGAGGAGGUGGCGUGGACUCGCUACAACCAGAAAGACCAGCUGUACCUCCACAUCGGCCUGAAACCCCGCGUCAAGGAGCACUACCGGGCCAACAAGGUCAACCUGUGGCUGGAGCUGGUGCCCCACCUCCACAGCCUAAACGAGGUCACCCAGAUCAUCUCCACCACCACCAAGGUCCCCCCACCGGAGGUCACGCCCAGGUCACCAAAGAAGAUCCCUGUCAACACCAAGAGGCCUAACCCUACGCCUUUCCCCACCGAGACUCAGGACAGUCAGAAUCAGCCCUUCCUGGUGGAUCAGAGGGACUACUCCACUGAGCUGAGUGUCACCAUCGCUGUGGGUGCCUCGCUGCUCUUCCUCAACAUCCUGGCCUUCGCUGCCCUCUACUACAAGAAGGAUAAGCGGCGGCACGACGUGCACCGGCGCUGCAGCCCCCAGCGCAACACGACCAAUGACCUGGCGCACACACAGGAGGAGGAGAUCAUGUCCCUGCAAAUGAAGCACACAGACCUGGACCACGAGUGCGACGCCAUGCAUCCACACGAGGUAGUUCUGAGAACUGCCUGCCCGCCAGACUACACGCUAGCCAUGCGCCGCUCACCUGACGACAUCCCCCUCAUGACCCCCAACACCAUCACCAUGAUCCCCAACACCAUGCAGGGCCUCCAGUCGUUGCACAACUUCAACACCUUCCCCAGUAGUGCACAGAACAACACCCUGCCUCACACCCUGCCCCACCCACACUCACACUCCACCACCAGGGUAUAGCCGGAUGGAUGGACGCUGACACACACAGCACAUGCCAGAGCUCACACCCAGCCCGAUCAAACGGAUGUGGAAUAACUUCUACUCCUGUGAAUAUAUUAAGGGAAUAGGGAUUUUGCUGGGACGGGAGAAGAAUUUCAUUUGAUAUAAAAGAAUAAAUUAGAAAGAAGUCAAACAAAUAUUUCAAAUGAAAAAUUAAACAAAGAGAAGGAUACUUUUUAUUUCUGUUAUUGAAACAGAACAAAGUCAACUUUUCCAGCUACAGAUAUCAACUUUGGAAUUUUAUAAACAAUUGCUUGAUCCUGUUAUCUUGGAAAAGAGAAAAAACCUCAGUGGAGUUUCAGAGGAGUAGCAGGUCGCUUUGUAAAUUAAAGAAAACAUAUUGUUUUCCUGAGGCAUCAAACUGUAGAGUACUCUUUCUGGAGUCAAGGGGAGAUGCAACCAAUUUAGGCAUGUGUUACUCUACAAGUAGAGGCAAUGUAAGAUAUGACAAAAACAAUCUAGAGAGAGAGGGAAAAACUCUUAAAGGUUAUGCACAAUGUAAACAUUUUCAAAAUGUCGUGGAUUCUUCUCAGAAAUUUAUUUUUGGGGAACAGUUUUAUUGUAUAGAGCCUUUUUACAUAUCUAGAUAUGUACACAAAGCACCAAUGCUGUUUAAGUCAUUCUUGGGCGUCAAUUCCGCAAAUCUGCCAGCAGAACAAAAACGGAGGGAUCCACUGGCUUUCUGGCAGAUACAGCUUCAUCACACAAGUGCUGUCUAUACCGAGAGCUGGAGGACAAAGAAUACUGGAUAUUUUUAGCACGAAGCGCAUGACAAUUUAUCUGCUUGAUGGCUGUUCUGCUGAUUAAGUCAUAAUUAAGAAAUAAAGUCAGCCCCAUUGGAAUAGUUUGAAGGAACACUUCUGAUUGGCUUACAAACCCACAAACCCACAUGGGUUAAGGUCAUGGUCA